AUGGUUAUUCAAGAAGAGAGUAAUAUUGUUGCAUUACUCCCUAAACAUGUUGAUGAUGUUCCUUCUGAAGAGAUUAUUUCUCUUGCUAAUGCAUCAGAUUCAAGAAAUUAUCAAGAUCGCAGUAGGCCUUCUAAUUCUUCCAAUUUUCCCAAGAAAGAUGGUAGGUUAUGCACUUAUUUCCAUAAAAUAGGUCACACUAUUGAUGUAUGCUAUAAGAAACAUGAUUUUCCUCCAUCCUUUGGCAAGAUGCAAGUCUCAACCAAUGCCACUAAUGUUGAUAAUGGUGAGUCACAUCAGGUUUCCACUGGUGCAGAAGAUUCAGGUGUGAAUGAUCAUGUUUGUUCAUCUUUACAUUGGUUUAGCUUUUAUCAUAAGAUUAAGCGAAUAAAUGAUGUGAAAUCGAAGAGGAUGAUUGGUUUGGCUAGUGCUGUUGGAGGCCUAUAUAGACUUGUGAAUACUUCAGAUUCAUCAGCUGGUGAUAUACUUCCAUCUCAGUCCAGCCUCAUCCCUUAUAAUCAUCAUAACCUUAGUCUUCCUCAAGGUAAUGUUAAUAAUUGUAAAGUGAUCCCUAAUCAAGCCAUUUGGCAUUUUAGAUUAGGACACCUUUCCCAUGAGAGAUUGUCCAAAAUGUCUCAAUUGUACCCUCAAAUUACUUGUAAUAAUAAAGAUGUUUAUGACAUUUGUCACUUUGCUAAACAAAAGAAAUUACCUUUUAAUUCUAGUCUUCCUAAAGCUGAGCAUGUUCUUGAACUAAUACAUUUUGACAUAUGGGGCCCUAUCUCCACAAAUUUUAUUCAUGGUCAUAGAUAUUUUCUGACUAUCCUUGAUGAUUUCAAUAGAUUUGUCUGGAUUAUUUUACUUAAGUCCAAAUUAGAAGUGUCCAACCAUUUCCAACACUUUGUUGCCAUGAUAGAGAAAUAG